AAUUAGAUAAAAGAGAUUGUUAGAGAAUCAAACAAGAAGCUGCAUCUUCUAAAGGUAUGCUAGGAAUAACCUCAAGCUACCAACACUGGAUAAGUCACCUUUUUCUUGAUGGUGGCAUAUUAUGACUGGAGAGUAGUUUGCUAACUUUUCCAGCUCCCACAAUGGAUAGCAAUCUGAUAUACGUUAGAUUAUUCUAGGUAAACACUCAUCAUCCAUAUUAAUACCUGCUUCUGGCUGUGGUUAUCGAUCAUCUAGCAAGACGGAUGACGUACUGCAAAUGCACAGGGCUGAUGCUCAUGCAUUCAGAAGAUAUUCACCUGGCUAAUGGGGUGCAUCUCCAAGUGUAUCCAUCUUUCAAUCAUUUCUCUGACUUCCUGCAAGUCCACAGGUUUCCCUCAGGAGUCAUCAGACCUUCUGCUUCUCCAUCUACACGGUUGACAAGAGAUCCCUUUAGACUCCUCCAUCCUACCACAGAAGGGGAGGGUAUCUUCACUCUGAAGAUUUAAAAAGGGAACCCCAAACCUGUGGGAGACAUUAUCCCAAGAAAAGAAGACUGAAGAUUUGCCACUGAACUAAAUAUGAAGGCACUGCGCAAACUGACAGCCCCCGCAAUGGCACUGUUCUUGGCAGCGUCCUUCCUGUCCUUCUCCUGGAGCACACCUCAGGCUCAUUUCCAAAGGAGAAACUGGACUCCUCAGGCUAUGCUCUAUUUGAAGGGUGCACAGGGACGUCGAUUCGUCUCAGAUGAGAGCCAGCGAAAGGAUCUGUAUGACAGAAUGCAGCUUGAAACACGCAGCCAAAACACAAAUCCUUUAUCUCUUUCUGAAUCUGCAGCACUGUUCCUUAGUUCCUUACGGAAAUCACGAGAAGAAGCUGAAGAAGAAAACAGAGAUCACCCUGUCCGCUUGACUCUAUCAAAUUGGUGAAAUAUUUCAGAUUUCUUUAGCAUUUGUAUUGCUUAUACCCUGAAAUCAUGAUUUGUCUAAAAAAGAGUAUUUCAUCCAUCCUCACUUAAGUUCCCAAAGGGUGACAUAUAUACUCAUUGUGACAUUUUGAAUGCAAACUGAAUAAACGUUACUAGUUCAAAUAAGGAAAUUAUUUGUAAAUUUUCUGCCUUGUUUAGACCACUUUGUGUGUGCCACAAAAAAUUUAAAAUGCACUGUACCAUCUUACCUGAAAAGAUGAAUAAAACUGUCUUUCUGGACAACUACUUCAUUAAAAACAAUUUUUCAGUAGUCUUUGGGAAACCUUUUACCACCUUCCAUCCAGCUGUAUAUGGAAGCCUUUUCAUCUCUAAUAAAAGUAGAUUCCUUCACCACUUCACUGCUGGUCCUGCAAGUUACUGAUGAUCAAUAAAGUCAGUGAGAUAUUAAAACAAUCCGGAUCUCUCUGACUGCAAAGCAGAUGACUUUUGUGUGUGUGUGCAGGUAUCUGUGACCACAGAGAAUAGGCAACAGCACUUACCUAGACCUCUGUGCUGCCCCAGUUACACACAUGCAGAAAUAUAUACUCAGAACAAUCCCAGUGAGCCAGUCCCACCACAUAAAUACAGUAUGGGGACAGGUCUUACAGGGUGAGGCCCUCACUAAUGACAGUGGCACACAGACCCUGCUGCUGCCAGGAGCUGGUGGUGGUGUUCUAGGUACAAAUCUGGUGUCACGCAUGACUGCAGGCACACAGAAUAUUAAUUUCAUCGCUAUUGUACUUUUUUGUCGGCCUGGUUUUUGAGUUGCAAAACUGGAAUGAACCAUAAAUUGGUUAAUUAUCAUUCCAUGAUGAUAAGGAUAUAUUUAACAUUAUUGAUGUAGUUUUGUGGUCUUUCUUACUGGAAAGCCCUCUGUAGUUCUCAUGUAAUUAAAAAGUAGCCACGUGAUUCUUGCGUGCAAGCAACUAUGUUGUUUUUUUUUAACCCUUAACCCUAGUCGUGCUCUUCAUCUUUUAAUGCUGCUUUCCUCUGAUCUUUCUCAUGACAUUGCUGAUUAAUUUUGUUAACUCGCACUAACUAUGAUGUUGCUUCUCCUCGACACAAACAAACACAGCUCAAGGAACAGAAGAAUUAAUUUCUGUCGUGGGACUACAGGUACUCCCAGUAACUGUUUAUAAUUUGUAUCAUUUCAUGGAGGAAUAUAACUGCAGAAAUCAAAAUUGCCCUUGUUUGUUCAUUUUUAAGCGCUGAUAUAUCUUUCAAUAGCAGUAUAUGUUGCAUGACAGAGUGCAUUCAUUAUGAACUUCAUCUAAAAACAAUGGUAUCCACCAGAAUAUUUUCAUUAAUUUAAUUGUUCUUUGUUUCAAGCAUACUCUGAAAAGCUCAGGUGCACCUACGUUGUUUUUCAGCAUAUUUUAUAGUAAGAUCAGUCGGUGCUCAGACAAAAAGUAGAAGGUGUACACAUCCUUUGGUUUACUAGUUUCAAGAAAUUCAUAAUACUCUAAAUGUCCCAGAGAUACAAAAAGGGUACUAAUCACAUGCUCAGUCAACUGAUUUUUGAAUGUAUUCCUAAUCUGAGAUCACUAUCUUAAACAAUUCUUUACAAAUAUCACAAAAUAGAAUAAACGUUCUGCCUUGUUGAUGAGCUGUUUGUGAAACCGUAAUGUUUUCAAUCUGGCGGAUAAUUGCUUGUGUAGCGGAUAGCUGCUACUGAGCUUGUCAGAUGUCAGUCGCUGACAGAAAUGUGUGGCAUUUGAGUCAGGCAAUCUGUCGCCUUGACUGAUGAAAAGCCAGUCCCUCUCACUCCAAAUUCAACAGGCAGAAGUGUUUUGCUGUGGUUAAAUCACCCUGCUACUGAUGGCUGAUCCUGGCAUUCAAGACAGAGCUAAAAUAAGCCCAGAGGCAUGAGGGAGAGGUCACUGGUCACUGCAGGGCCAUUCCUGAGAAGAAUGGGCACAGUAUUCAUGUUAGUCAGAUCUCAGAAGUUUGUCACUUUCUGUCACCAGGCAGGUGCUCAAAGCAUGUGACCGUGCUGAAACAAACACAGCUGGGUUUGUGCCAGAUAUCACACUAGCUCUCUGCUCUUCCCAGGGAACUUGAACCAUAAGCCCAUCUAAGAGAACCAGCAACCUGGAUCAUACAUGUUGCUUAUUUUUGCCCUCUGGGACUUGUCCAGAAAGAACUAGCGUAGCUGUCUUAAUGCAGCCCUAGAAAAACCUUUCCACUUUACAUAUUGUCUGUGUCAUGCCUCCACCAUUUAGCAAUAUUUACAAAAUGGGUGUAGUGAUCACAUUUUUGAGCGCUGCAAUGAAGCUGGGUCUGGAAUGAUGAUCACAGUAUCACAGUAUGUUUGGGAUUGGAAGGGACCUCAAAAGAUCAUCUAGUCCAAUCCCCCUGCUGGAGCAGGAACGCCUAAGUGAGGUCGCACAGGAACAUGUCCAGGCUGGUUUUGAAUGAUAAACAGAUGUUCACCAGUCUGUGGCCCCUAGGACAUUUUUAGGCAAAGGAAGGAAGUGCUGGAAUUUGGGGUGAAAUGCUUUUCUUCAGUACAACAGUGCAUUAAAAUACAAGCAAUAACUUUCAAUCAAUAUGCCCUUUAAAUGUUAUUUUCUUGGGACUCUCAGCCAUUACAUUAUUUGACUCCUCAAGGGAACUUUAAAAGCACUUUGGGGAAGAAUACACAUUUCUAAACUCACAAAAUGCAGUUGUUCUCUACUUAGUAAACUGUACGAAGGAAAACUAUUUGCACUACCUUUGCUUUCACUACUUUCAUAUGAAAAAUAACUACUCAUUGUUUUAAUACUUUUAAAAUGGCUAAAAAAUACUGACUGCUUUUAAAUCCAAUUCCUUUUUCGCCACAAAAACCUGAACUUGUUUUCUGAGAGUAGUUAUUCUUUCAGGUAUACAAAUCAGCUUAAGAAUGAAAGCCCAGUUUUAAAACUAAUUUUAGGUAGCUGAAAAUACAGGCACCUAAUCACUUUUAUUCUAUAUGGCCUAUAGUAAGAACCAUGUCAUCAAAUGUUGGUUAAGUGUUUGAAAGGUAAAUGUCUAAUCAAAGCUGGACAUCAAGGCUCCCUGGGGGGUUGACAGUGAAGAUAAAUACCUCCAAAGGCUGUAUCGUCCUACUUGCUGAAGAACAGGCUGAAUCAAUUCCCGGAAAUGUCUUUUCUUGAGCAGCAUGAGAAAUUCUUGAUGCACAAAUUUCUAAAAUAAAAGAUGAAUCUCCUUCUUCAUGUCACAAUCUACUUCUGAAGAGCAUGUUCAGACCCUCUCUGCACCUCUAGGAACUGAAAUACUUUUGAAAGCUUUCUGUAAGGCAAAUGUCUAGUUCUCAUUGUGAGGUUCAAUUAUUCCGCGAGCACUUCAAAUUUCCAGGUGCUUUUUGAAAUUAUGUCUGUGGAGCAGAUGUGUUCUUGGAAUUCUUUUAGCAUCAUUUGUUACAAUUAGGUCUCUUCCAGAAGAAGUGGAAUAGACGAUGGGCCAAUGGGAAGAACUAGAUUUACUCAUCUUUUAAUAUUGUCACAUUGCUCUACGGUACGUAGGUUUGUCUGCAGGGGAAGGUGUUACGUAAGGAAAUUUUUUCAUUAUCUGUAACCAAAUCACAUUUAUUUCCUCCCAAACUAGUUUAUUAACAAACAUAGAAUCAGAGAAAAUAUGAAAAUAACAAAAGAGGCAUACCAGAGGAA